AUGGUGCUUUCGACGUAUAAUGCAACCUCGCUCGACAGCUCAACAGCCACAGAACUCAAAGCAGAAUGCAAGAAACCGCACACUUAUAAGAGCACAAUGUUGCGAGACAAUACAAUUUCAGGCAAGACAGAUAGUCUUCAAAACCACAUUGCACGCAUAGCCGUUAUCUUGGAAGUGGCCUACCUUUACAUGUGUAGCAUUGUUACAUAGAUGGCCGUAGCAGAUACAACUCAAAGAAAAGUUAUAAAAGUAGCACACUCCACCCUGAUAUAAGUCUUUCAUCUGCUGAUCAUCCACGUGAACACUUGGUUGGUACUCCAGAGUCAAAUCUACAUCGGCGUUGCUCUCACAUGAGUCGUUCUCGUAAGUUAUGCGAAAUCCACAAAAAGGUUCAACAACGGUUACAGCCACUGCAGCGUUUUUUCCUACGUAGCAUUCAUAAGCGAGUGA